CUGAUCCUGUGCAUCCAUCUGUAAAGGAUUGCACACUUGACAAACUCGUAUAUUAAAUAUUCCUCAGAAAUAUUUACUUAUUCAAAUGGGGCAACUAAAAUUGGAAUUGGAUUUGAAGAAUUUGACUUCAUUUGCUCGCGCUUACGGAAGAUGAUCUUACUCACCUGGAUGGCAUCCAAAUUCGUGUCUUCAUUUCCACUUGAAGCUGAGAACAUUUCUUCCUCAAGCUUGCCGCCGUCAUCAGGAAGAAUCUUGGAACCGAAGCUACUUCAAAAUUCCCCAGUUUUACCAAAAACCGAACAAACCGAGGGGAACCUUGACCAUGGAAGGGGUCGAAAAUCUCGCCAGAUGCCUUUCAUGAUCUACGGGGGAUGUUCACCAUACACCGGCCUUGGGCAAGGCGGCGGGAUUCCACAGUUCGGCGGGGGUUUUUCCCAAUUCGACAGUGGUUUCGGGUGGGGUCAAGGGCUUCGAGCCAAACCAACCAGCCUGGCCUGGUGCAAGCAGGACAAUGACUGCACCUCACUCUUGGCUCCUUGCAACGGGAAUCUAGACUGCGAGAAGGAAUUGAUCCUCUGCGAUCGACAGGAUAUCAAGUGUCACGACAAGGUUGACAAUAAAUACCAAAAACAGAGGUUCUACGGAUUCCCGCCGCCGUAUUGGUAUCAAGGAUAAAAUUACAUGAACAAUUCUUCCUGUAAAGGGUGUUGAUUAAAUUCGGCCCGAUUAAUUUGUUGAAACCGAUAUAAAUUUGUGAAAAUUACGGCGAAAUAAAAAACGAAAAGUUAA